UAGAUAAUUAAACUGUUUCUUAUCCUGGCUAUGAGUAGUAGAUCCUAUCGGAAAAGAAAGAAGUCAUCCAGCAGCACACAUGAUUCUGAUGAGGAAAUACCUACUAAAGUAUCCGAAAUCAAAGAAGUUCAGAAAUUCCGCAACAAACGGGGAGGAAUAAAUGCAGUGUCGUUGGCAGUUGGACGGAUUGUGACUGCAGAAGAGACCUUAACUGGAAACGUUUUUAUCAAAUCUUCGGCUUCCAAGCCGUCAGACAGUCAACAGGACAAAUAUGGUUUGCAAGUAGGCAGUGUUUUCUCAGCAGAGUCUAAUCACAGAGAAGAAGAUCAGCUCAUGAAUCACUACAUAAAAGAAGAGCUUGCUAAAAGAAGAGGUGUAAGAACUGUGUCGGAGGUAGAAGACCAAUAUCAGCAAAGGAUAAACGAACUGUUUACCGUUCCAGAGCACCUUCAAACAAAGAAUGUUUCUAUGACCGAAGACAUGAUGAGUGACCAAGUCUUAACAGGUAUUCCUGAAGUGGACUUAGGUCUAUCUACAAAGAUUGAAAACAUAGAGAAGACUGAUCAGGCGAUCAACAGCAUUUCAAAGAUGGUUGACGGUCCAUCACGUCAGGAUGAUGAUGAUGACGAGCUACCUCGUAAUUACACUCAUGAUUAUGCUCGCCUUGAUAAGAUCAAUAACACCAAAACUACGCUAAACAUUCUAAAAGAUGACCGUUAUGUAUGAAAAUAUGAUUAUUAUAUGAGGUCUCAAAUAUGGGACCUCAAAUAUUAAUUAAGAUUGUAUUUAAGGUAUGUAUUAUAUGUGACAAAUGUGUUAGAGACACUAAUCAUAAAACUCAUCAAUUUGCUUCCAUAUUUAAUCUUGUUGCUCUAAUCCAUGUUUAACUUUCAUUGAAAUUUGUUCCUAUGAUAACUUCAAUUUUCAGAGUUUGAUCUUUAUGUUUGAAUGACUUAAUAUUCACUUUCGAUAGCCACAAAAGUGUAAUAAAUUAGUGAAGGAGUGAUAUGAUCAAGUCAUGGAACAUUGCUCUAAAUUAUUACAAAUUUGUGACUAUCGAAGGUAAAUGUUUUAUCAUUUAAGCAUAAAGACCAAAUGGCUAAAAAGAGAAGAGUAAAGCAGUAUUCAGACGAUGAUUCAGAGAAUGAUGACUCUUCAUCGCCUACCAAUAACAAAUACAAGAUUCCUAAAAUUAGACAUGACAUAAAGGAAACUUUAGAAAGCCAUACUGCUUCUAUUGAAGAUGAGCAAGUUAAUCCUAUUGUUAUACCACCUCCUGUUGAAAAGCCAAUUGUUUCAUUAAAAGACGAGAAAGUGAAGUUUUGGACGGAAAGGACUGGUGCUAGAGUCCAGGGAUUAGUUCAUAAGAACCCAGUGUCAAUUGUAAAUGAAAAAUACCCCUGUGCAGAAUGGAAUGAAGGCAAGGUAGCUGAAAAGGGGGCUAACCUAAAAUUCGCCGUAUCACUUCGAGUGAAUGAUGAGUAUUUUUAUGGAACCGCUACCAACAAGAAGGAAGCCAAGAGACUGGCUGCAGCUUCUUGCAUAUCUAAACGAUUAGGUCUAACAUCCGACUUCGGCAAGGCUUCACAAGAUCAAAAUGAAGCUCCUGCUGAUAAAAUUAGUGCUCCUCCUGAGGCAAGUCAGCCUCCGCCUGAAAAACAAGCCACUCCCAAGAAGGCGAUGCCAAAGAAAAAGGCUCAUACUCCACAAAGCCCUAUCUCUCUUGGUGACGGACAGAGUGCUGUUAUGCUUUUAAAUGAAAUCUAUGGGCCAACAAAUUGUCACUUUGAGUUUGUUGAAUGUCCUCAUCCUGGAAAAGGACAGCACACAUUUAGUGCAAAACUUACAUUCUUUGGAAAUGUUAUCGAAGGAGUCAGUACAAACAAGAAGAAAGCAAAACAAGUGUGUGCUAUGAAAGCUCUUGCUACGAUGGGGUACGAUGUAGCUAUGGAUGAAACGGUUGAGCAUAUCACACCCCAAACACCAGCAAAUGAUGCUCCUGCUAUUGAGUCUCAUCUUCAACAGUUCGCAGACAAAGUGGCAUCUCAAGCUCAAGCUAAGUUUACAGAGUUGAGUGAGCAUGUAGAGGAACACCAAAAAAAGAAGAAAGUUCUUGCUGCAGCAAUUUUGUACAAUAACGUCAAUGAGAACUCAUUCAGAGCUGAUGGAGAUAUGGAAGUGAUUGCUCUGACCACUGGUACGAAAGUAUUAGGAGGAGAGUAUCUCAGUGCAGAUGGAAAAGCAGUUAACGACAGUCAUGCAGAAAUACAGAUAAGAAGGUGUGUCAUUCGGUUCCUUUACGGUCAGCUCAAAGCCUUCCGUGACAAGAGGUGCUCUGUUCUGGAGUUAAAAGAUGGAAAAUACAAACUGAAAAACGAGUUUACCCUCCAUCUUUACAUCAACACAGCACCAUGUGGUGAUGCCAGGAUCUUCAGCCCUAAACAAGAAGGGGACCAGGCUCAGGUCAUUGACGGUGAUAACCACCCCAACAGAAUAAACAGAGGUCAGCUGAGGACUAAAAUAGAGAGUGGUGAAGGGACAAUCCCGAUACUUAGUCCAAAUGAGGCUCUGUUGACAUGGGACGGGAUACUAGCAGGUCAGAGACUGAGGACGAUGUCGUGUAGUGAUAAGUUGUGCAGGAGCAAUGUGCUGGGAGUACAAGGCACACUCCUUUCACACUUCAUGACUCCAGUGUACUACUCCUCUAUUAUUGUAGGACGUCUUUUCAGUCACUCUCACUUAUCCAGGGCCAUUUACAGAAGACUACAAGUUGAGGGAGUGGAAUCUCAACUGCCACAUGGCUAUAAAGUUAAUGUUCCUCUCUUGUUGCCUGUUUCGGUGGCUGAACCAAGAUCUGUAAGCAAAGCGUCUGGAUUUUGCUUCAAUUGGACCUACGGAGAUACUGCACCUGAAGCGACUCGUACUGUCGAUGGAAAGAUCAACGAUAAUCAUGCGACACAAUCAAGAAUAUGCAAAAAUUCGCUUUAUAAACUGUUUCUAGCAGAGUAUAAGAAAGUGAAGGGAUCAGACGAGUUCGAUGGAAAGCUGUACAGUGAAGCAAAGAAUGCAGCAAAAGAGUACACCGCUGCUAAGAUGCUUGUCAUGGAUCAGUUUAAAAAACUGGGUUACGGAUGUUGGGUCAAGAAACCUAUUGAACAAAACAUGUUCACUGUUAAAUUAUAAUCACAGCAACAAGGUUAUCUGCUCAGUUUGAGCUAUUUCACGUUAUACGUGAUCGAGUUGAUUGCUUCCAUGAUCUAGCAGAUUCGACAGUCUUUUUUUAAAUCUUUCAUUUAAUGCGGUAUUUUCUACUGACACCGUUACAUCUUUUUAACGUUUUUUCUUUGAAAAACAACUCCGCACCGAGGAAUUUGAGGAAUUUGAUGUGUCCGGUAUGUGACAUAGUCUAGCUUGACAAUCUUCGUCUUUUUCUUCACCUUUGCUUUAAUUGCAUGAGAUGAUAUACUGUAUAUAUUUUGUUGAAGAAAAUAACAUUUUUAUGGCCAGAGUUAUCGGCCAGUUAAAAAACUCCGCCCAUCACUGGGCUUAUGUAAUCAUUCGUAUUUUAUGUUUUGCUGUUUAUGUAACUGAGUUACAAUUUUCUUACAGAAUAUUUUGUUUUUAACAUUGAAUAUAUAAGUUUUUCUGCA